AAUUUAAUCAUUUUUUGUAAAAAUGCUAAAUAACAGAGAAAAAGCUAUCAAAAGAAUUUCAUUGCUCAAGAAGCACUUUAGACCAUCCGAAGACUUCAACAGGGAGCUUGAUGGAUGCACCUUUGACUUUGAACUUGCAGCUAAAGUUGUGAGAGGGCUCAGACCAGAAGUACACCAUCAAGUCAUUGAACUUGUUGACUCUAUGAUGAAACACAAUAAUUUUAAAGAAAAGUCAAGAGCGGCUAUGAGAUAUAAGACGAAUUAUUGGGUAAAGAAAAUCCUUAUGAAGUUCUAUGAGAAAGGAAUCUUUACGCCAGAGAAAGUAAUUGAAGACCCAGAUCUCCUGAAUAGAUGCACAAUGGGAAUUAGCUUCUUUGGAGGCGAAAUAAGCACUAAGUUUGCAGUGCAAAUAGGGCUUUAUUUAAAGAGCCUCAAAAAUAUGGGCACUGAAACCCACAAAGAUGCAUUAAUGAAGGCAGCUACGCUUGAAGAGUUUGGAUGCUUCUGCUUGACUGAGCUUGGCCAUGGGUCUGACGUUAGUAAGCUUGAAACGACUGCUCACUUUGACCAGAUUACCAACCAAUUUAUCUUCAACUCCCCAACAGAGACAUCUAGAAAGUUUUGGAUCGGAAACUUGGCUAGCACAGCUACAAAGGCUGUGGUGUUCGCCCAGUUGAUUAUUAAUGGAGUUAGACAUGGAAUUCAUGGAUUCCUGAUUCAGAUCAGAGAUCCUGAGACCCAUGAGCCACUCUAUGGAGUAACUAUCGGAGACUGAGGCGACAAGAUAGGGAUGCAAGGAAUUGACAACGGAUGGAUCAUGUUCGAUAAUUUUAGAGCUGGGAAGAAAGCUUUGCUGAACAAGUUUGCAGAUAUUAGCCCAGAUGGUGUCUAUACCUCUAAAAUAACCUCAAAAGCAAAGAGGAUGGCUGUGCAGCUUGGAGGCCUGAGUGGAGGAAGAAUUGCUAUCUCACAGGUUAGCAAUGAUUGUGCUCUCGGAGUAUCAUCAGGAGCUCUUAGAUAUUGGGCAGUGAGGAAACAAUUCAAAAGUCCAAAAACUAAACUUGAGACUAGACUUAUUGACUACAGGAUCAAUCAUUUUAGACUGAUCACAAAGUUUGCUAGACAUUUUAUUCAGCAUGUUGGGAUGUCUAAAAUCACUGAAUUUUGGAACCAAUAUUUGGAAGGAGGACUUGGAGCUGAGAACAAAAUGACUAGCUUCGCUCAUUUGAUAUCAUCUGUUGCCAAGUCUGUAUUUACUUGGACAACUUUUGAUACAUGCAGCGAAUCAAGGCAAGCAUUGGGAGGCCUUGGUUAUUCAAGUUAUAAUGGAUUCGGUCAAGUUCUCGCUGUUAUGGACUUGAAUAGAACUUGGGAAGGAGACAAUAACAUAUUGAUGCAGCAAGCAGGAAAACUAAUCCUCCAGAAUCUUCAAUACUUAUUUAUGGAGAAACCUGUAAUGCCUACAUUUGACUUCCUGACUACAGAGAUGCCUGAAGCUGAGCCUUACUCAAAAUCUCUAGAUGAUGUCAUGAACUUGCUGGAGUUAUUAACUUACAGAGCAUCCACUCUGAUCCAUCAAACCGGCAUGAAGCUAAAUUUUGCUGAAGAUAAAAUAGAAGCUUGGGAUAAGCUUUUGGCUUUCAAUACAUACCCGAUGACGUUUGCAUAUUUUGACAGGUUCCUCCUUCAAAAUUACAUAGAGUUUUUGGAAAAUUUUAGUGGAGACCAAAAGACCAAGGAAGUCUUCACUUUAUUAGGAGUUGUCUACGCCCAGAAAGUGAUCAUAGAAGAUGCUGAAUUUUUCAGAGAUUACUUAACUCGUGCUCAAAUAGAUGAUCUAAAGGAGACUUUAAUGGACAACUUGCUGAAAUUACGUAAAGAAGUGGUAGGACUAUCCUAUCUCCUUCCAUUCACGGACAAAAUGCAAGGGGCUCUCUUUAAACUAGACAUGAAACCUUAUGAGCACUUCUUAGAUUUCGUUGAAAGAUCUGAAAGGAAAGCAAACAUAGAUAUCGAUGGUGACAUCAUAAUCCCUGUUCCUCGUUAA